AUGUCCGUGUACCACGACGAGGUGGAGAUCGAGGACUUCGAGUAUGACGAAGACACGGAGACAUAUUACUACCCGUGUCCGUGCGGGGACAGGUUCGCCAUCACCAAGGUAACAACAACCUGGACUAUCCAUUACAGGACUCUACCCAUUACAAUACACAGCGAGCUGGGCUCCCUGUACCAUCCAUUCACACAGACACAGCUGAUUGGCCAAGCUGCCCACGGCAGCUGGAGAGCUAUAGUAUGGCACCAUGUAACAUACACCCUGUGCUGUGAACCUCACCCUGGCAGCAUUUAGGUGAAUGGCAUGAUCUGGGUAGGGCUUUUAAUAAGUCCUAAAAAACUACUGUUUGAAUAGCAUGUCUGGUGUGACACGAUUUUAUAUAAAACUGCACAUUUGUUUUUAUUAAUGGACAAAUAAUUUGCACAAUAAUUUAGACAUAAGUGUCAGUGACAGUUUGACAGAUCUCCCCUCAAUGUUUUUGUGUUCAGUGAUAGAAAAGUGCAAGUUUCAUUAUAAUGAUGACAGGAUGAAGGAACACAGUUUGCGUACAUACCAAAACAAUAGUGUCCCUGGCACAAAUAAUUGUGCAAAGUAGAAAAACGUAAGUCACCUUGAGUGCCACUGCAUCAAAACUGGCAGUUCAGGUUAUUGACGGUUUUCUACUUUGCACAAUUAUUUGUGCCAGAGACAGUUUUGUUUUGGUAUUUGCACUUUAUUUGUGGACAGCAUUUCUGUCUACCAGUCAGCACCUCAUUAUUAAUAUAUGUAUUUUUUUUUGAAUUGCGCUUUUGUCAGAUAUUUUGGUUAUACAUAUUGUGUACAUUAGAUUAAUUUUGCAACCCAUUAUUCUGUUUUAAAGGACCAUUAUAUAGUCAGGAAACCUGUAUUUCUGACACUGUAGUGUUUAACUAUUUAGCUUACCGGCUCCCUGCGAUCACAUGGGAAAGCUGUUUUUACUCACUCCCCCCCACCCCCCCAUCUGCACUGGUCUUGCCACAGCUGGCUCUGCCUUUAUGGCUAAAAUCAUCAGUCUUGAUGAUCUUAGCCAAUCCAAUGCAUUCCCAUUGGGGAGGCUAUUGCGCAUGUGGUACAAAACACCACUCUGUGCCAGUCAGCAUCUCCUCAUAGAAAUGCAUUGAAUCAGUACAUCUCUGUGGAUCAUUUUAUAGUGCCUCAUGCACUAUAGAGCGUGGUGAUGCUGGACGCUACUGCACUGAGAUAGGAAGCACAUCUAGUGCCUGUCUGAGUGACUGCUGCUAGAGAUGUUGCUAGGCAGUAAUGUAAACACUGCUUUUUCUCUGAAAAGGCAGUGUUUACAGAAAAAUGCAUGCAAGGACAGGAUAUAGAUGCCAGAACCACUACCGCAGUAGCUGUUCUGGUAACUAUAAUGUCACUUUAACAGUUACUCUUUAACAGUGUUAUACGUUAUAACAAAAUGAAUUCAGAAAAGCACCUUCACUAGAUUAUUCAAAUGGUUUGAGAGGUCCUUCUAUUACACCUAAGUGUAGCGCUGCUACACUGAUUUAAUGAAUAUGAUUUGCAUGUUUCAAGCUUUUUGGAACCUAUCGAUCUUAGGGACUCAGUUUGGGAUCACAAAACAGGGUAAUAAUUACUACAUUAAAGAACACUCCACAUAUAAAGCUCUUCAGCUUGCUUCUCAUGGUGUUCUGUGUGUCUAGAGAUUGUCAUAUUUGUGACCAAAGGUCUGCAGCUGUUGCAGGCCUUUUUUUGUUUGUUUCAUAUUCCCCAAAGAAAACAUGCAGAAUAAAAUACAUGUACAGUUUCAUUAGGGAUACAUAAACUAAAUGUGUUAAGUAAUACCUUUUCAGUGGACUGCUCCUUUAAAAAUAUCUAUACAACAUAUCCCAGUAACACAGAAAUGAUCAGUAGUGAGCCUGAAUGUGUGAAUUACAGAGUGGAGUAGAAGUACCCAUGUGUGAGUGGGAGUAAAAAAAAGUACUGCAAUGUAUUUUGACUGGAACUUACUUAGUUCAUGCUGUUUAUGCUUAUUUGCUUUUAUAUUUAAAGUAAUACCUUUUUGUAAGUGAUAAUACUCCUCAUUGUUUGUGGUGCAGGAUUCCCCCAUACUGUGGUCAUUUGGGAAAAUUGUUUGAUUUCAAUUUUACCAUCUCUGUUUUGUUUAUCAUAUUAUUCCUAAAAUAAUAUCAUUUCUUUUUAGGAAGAUCUGGAAAACGGAGAGGAAGUUGCCACUUGUCCCAGCUGUUCAUUGAUUGUAAGAGUUAUCUAUGACAAAGUGAGUAGCGAAUGUGUGAAAAUAUUUUAGUAAUUCAUAUGGAUUGAUUCAUUUUAAAACUUGGAUCUCCCCAACACCCCCGCACAUUUUUUAAUUAAUUAAACAAAAUGUAUUACAUGUUCUGUCAAUUAACUUGUUAACUUGUUAUAGCACUUAGUAAGCUUUUUGAUGCACAUUAAUAGGUUUUCUUGAGUCUUUUGCUUAAAGGAACACUAACAUUAGAAAUACAAGCAAGCGUUUCUAACAUAAAAGGGUUUCCCUGGCUUUUUUCGAUUUUUGGGUUCUUAAAAAUGUUUUAAUAAAAAAAGCUUUACUAAUAGUGAUGUCCCGAACUGUUCGCCGAACGGUUCGCCGCGGACUCCAGUCAGCUGACACAUUCCAGCCAAUCAGCAGCAGACCCUCCCACCUCCUGGACAGCAUCCAUUUUGAAGCUGCAUUCUUAGUGAGCUGUCCAGGAGGUGGGAGGGUCUGCUGCUGAUUGGCUGGAAUGUGUCAGCUGACUGGAGUCCGUGGUGAACAGGUCGCGAACCGUUCGGCGAACAGUUCGGGACAUCACUAUUUACUAACCUUUCUAUGCUUGCUGUGCCAGUCUGCAUCUGGCUGCUACUACACACAGGCUAAGAUCAUCAUUACUCAUGAUAUCAGCACAUCCAAUGCUUCCCCGUAUGGGGCUAUUGCGCAUGCAUAACAAUUGCUGCGCCAUGCUUAUUAGCAUCUCCUCAUAAAGAUACAUUAAUUCAAUGCAUCUCUAUGCAGCGCGGUUGGCAUCAUUCAGAGCAUAGCAAUGCAGAAAAUCUGUUCUGGAAAGAUUGCAGUACUGCUUCCUAGAGGCGUUAGUAGGAAGCAAUGUAUAUACUGCUAUUUCUCAGGAGAAAAAAAGCACCCCCGGCUGACAUCACAGGAGCUGAAUGCGCAUGUGCGGCAAGUGCUGCGCGCGCAUUCAAAGUGUCCAUAGGAAAGCAUUUCUCAAUGCUUUCCUGUGGACGCUCUGUGCGAUGGAGGCAUAAUAUGCCUCUAGUGAAAAUCUACUCAUAAACAGAACUAUACAUAGGAUACAAGCUCACGCAUUUAGACUGGAAGACUGGAGAUUUAGUCUAAGACAAAGGAAAAGUGUUUUUUACAGUAAGAACGAGAAGCAGCAAAUAAUCUGUUUUAAGAUGUGAUUUUUAUCAGUCUAUACAGAUGUUUUAACAGCAACUGGAUGAAUAUUUGCAAAAACCUAAAAUUCAGUGAUAUAAUUUUGUAAUAUGUGGAAAUAAAAAUGUUUUUAAUAUAGGUCCAUGGAAAGAUCUGACUCCCUUUCUGGGGUUGAGAAUUAAUUAUUUUCCUAGAUUGUUGUAAAGUUGGCAAGUGCUUGUUUUUUUUGCCUUUUGGAUCAACAGCAGUUGUGAAAAAGGCUGAACUUGCUGGACGCAUGUCCUUUUUCAGCUUAUGAAGCUAUGUAACUAUAUGUAAAAUACAAAGCCUACUCUUCUUUAAAAUGCACUCUUUUUUUCUGUGUAGCAAAAAUAUAUUAGUUUGCAAUUGUUAAAGGAAUACUGUACUCACUGUAUCAACUUCAUCGAAUUGAAGCUGGUAUAGUGUCUAUGUCAGAUCCCAUCUUGUAAGUACCCUUAAAAUGUUUUAGUUUAAUGAUUUGAAGGCUUGGAAGCAGACUUCAAGCCACGUUUACUUUAACUGAAGUGAACAGUACUUCAGAUUAUCAUUCAGUUGCAAAAAAAUUAAGUUAACGAUCAUUUGUAAAUUUGCAUUCUAACGAAUGCUUUCAGUUCAGCAUUUUAUCAAUAUUGGUGCUCUGUGAAUCUUCUGAAUUAUGUACUUUUGUUUAGGGUUCGGAUGUAAAAACACUGACUUUAAUCUGGGCCCCGGAUUUGGGCGAUUGCUGCAGAUUCACUUGGGCUAAAUAUGAGAAUUGCCAUUGCAUUUGGAAUUCAGUCAUUUUCAGUGUUUAAUGAAUAACCCUGUUCGGUAUAAAUCUCAAACCCUUGUGUUAAACCUUUUAUUUGUUUGCUUAUAGGAGGAAUUUAUGCAAGGAGAAAUAGUAGCUGAACCGUUGCCAAAGAAAGCAGAAUUGGUGAAGUGCUAAAUAUCUUCGUUAUUGAUCUUUUAGUGACCCUGAGCAGAUCUCCAAGUUUGGACACUCACCGUUUGCCUUUAUCUCUGGGAAAACUGUAUGGAUCAAUACACUUCAACUGACUUGUAACUGGAUUAAGCUGUUUUAUUAAUGCUGGAAACACCUGAAUAAACAAUGACACUCCUAUAAUUGUGUCCUGAAAAGACACAAUUGGGCCAUGGAUUGGACAGGAACUGCCAAAUUAUUACAGAUGUGGCAUAUAAACCUCACAUAAUAUGAGAGGUGUUGCAUUCAAACACAAAUUGUCACCAUAUUAUUAUAGUUGGUAUUUUCAUGUUCUGUACUGCUCUCUUCUCAGCAUGUUAACAGGAGUGGAUAUUUAAAUUUUUAUUUUUUUUCUUGCAAGCAAAUGCUUUUUGUUGUAUAUCGAAGCUGAAACACAAAAGCUAUUCUUUGGGAUUUUGUUUUCUGUUAUACAGAUUUUAAACAUUUACCCUGUUUAUAUUUCCCUCUAAACUGAUGCAAUUUCAUUUUUUUUUUUAAUCUAGAAAGAUGUUUUAUAGUAAAUACUGUUGUUGAACAAACCCCUUUCACAUCUCAUUUGAUACAGAUGGAGCUGUACUUUGAUGUAUGUCACUGCAAGUUUGUUUUGAGGUUUAUGUCAUAGACAGACUGUACACAGUGCUGUCUAUAGGUUAAUCACAAGUUUGUUUAACCACAUUCAAGCAAUAGAUCUGCUAAUAUUUUUUUAACAUUUAAUCAGGCUUUAUUCUAACACACUUUAAUUGCCAUGCUUAGUGGCAACCACCACUCAAGCCUCACUUUUUAUUCUUUCCCCUUCCCCCUAUAAUAUUAAGUGGGUUGUUUCUUGUAGGCCCUGGUAAACAUCAUGUUUUAUACUUUGUUUAAACUACAAUUCCCAUGAUGUCUGUGAAAGUAACCAUUGACUUGUCCAAUGUAGCUUAAAGUCAAUUGAACAGCUUGAGGUUGGCUACUCAUGGUCUGCUUAUUUUGUAAGAAGCAAAAUAGAUAGUUUGUCAUGUAUGUAUGUUUACUAUGGGCUUAGAAAUAGAUUGUAAGAUUUUAAAAGAGUGCAUAGGAUGUUUUCUCUUGUCCUGGAGUCUACUUCUGUUUAAACAUGUUUACAAAUCCAAGAAAAGGAUCAGAAAAAUGAAUUUUCAAGAAAAUCUUGAGUUCUCCCGAAUGGUGCCAUUCUAAAAAGAUCAUGUUGCAGCACCCUACUUAAUUAGUAAUGUUCACUCAAUGUGUAGUUGUUUGAAAGCCAAGCAAUCCAUAUCUGCUAGAGAAAGGUUAACAGACUGGGCUAAUUAAUUCCAAUUGCAGACAUCAAGUGUGCAAAACUGUCAAAAAAUAUUUAUUGAUCUAUAUUUUUACAUGUAUUUAUAUUGAAAACCAAUAAAUAAGAUCAGAUUUUAUGAACUCAUUUUGCUGUGCCCUUUUUUUUAUUUUUUUAUUUAGUUUUUCUCCUUUAACUUUAAUAGACUGAUUUGUGAACAUGUACCUUUUUUUUUUUUUUUUUGAGAGAGAGUGUGUGUGUGUGUCCUUGACAAAAAAUAGCCGACUGGGGUGAAUUAAUCAUCUGUUCAUGAAAGUUGUAAUACCUGUUGUAUCAAUACUUGCAUUCAUAUUUGGCAACAUGCUGCCAUUUCUCAAAGGUUUGUAAUUGUAAAGAAUGUAGGUUUAAAAAAAAAAGCUCUAGGUAUGUAAUUAUCUGCCUGCUAAUUCUUGCUGGUACAUUUAUUACACUUAAAGGGACAUGCAUCACUUUGAUACAACUGUAGCGGUAGCUUUGAAUGACACAGUUGCAUCACUCUGCAGGCUAAAUAAAAGCUAGUAAAUAUGCUGCUUCCUUUUUUUUUUUUAUUUUUUUUUUUAAAUCUUUUAUUUGUUUACCUGCUUCUUUUUUUUAUGAAUACUGAAAGUGUAUUGGGCAUGCCUGACAGAUUUACACGUGCAACUGGAAGAUUUAUUCAUCUUGAAACAUCCUGACUGAAAGAAGAGAGGGAGUCUGAUCAGUAUGAUAAUGCUCUGGUAUCUGGUUUCUCUUUCUGGCUGCCACACAAUGAUUACCUGUUUCUGUCAUUAGUGGAAUGGUCUGAAACUGUGAUGGUAAAAGGGACACUAGGCACCCAGACCACUUCAGCUCAUUGAACUGGUCUGGGUUUGAUGACCCUGCCCCCUUAAAGAGACACUAUAGUCACCAGAACAACUGCAGCUUAUUGUAGUUGUUCUGGUGAGUAUAGUCAGUCCCUGCAGGCUUUUUAAUGUAAAUAUUGCCAUUCCAUAGAAAAAGCAGUAUUUACAUUACAGUCUAGCAACAUAUCUAGUGACCACUCUUCAGACAGCCACUAGAGGUGCUUCCUUGGUCAGCACUGACGUUUAACGUCUCUGCAUUGAGUCAAUGCGUCUCUAUAAGGAGAUGCUGAUUUGCCAGGGCAGCAUUUUCCCCCUCUCCCUGCAAUAAUUACAUUGCAGGGUUAAGGCUGCCUCUAGUGACUGUCAAUCAGACAUCCAAUAGAGGCAUUUCCUGCAUACUAGGUGACUUGGUUGCCUAACUGACGCUGGAUGUCCUUAUGCUCUGCAGGGCGAUUGCUGCUAGAAUCAGAUAAGUACAGUAACCCUUACAUUGCUGGGGAGAGUAGGGGAGAGAGCGGAGUAUAGUGUUAGGAAUACAGAUUUUUAUUCCUAGCCCUAUAGUAUCCCUUUUUAGUUAGGGAGCAGUGAUAACUUAAACACCCCUCGAUUCUAUUUCAGAAAAAAGACUUCUGUGUUGCAAGGGUGGCGACUCUAUACAGGUUGACUUUAAAGGGACACUCCAGGCACCCAGAACACUUCUGGCCAUUGGAGUGGUCUGUGUGCCAACUCCCAUCACCCUUAACCCUGCAAGUGUAAUUAUUGCGGUUUUUAUAAACUGCAAUAAUUACCUUGCAGGGUUAAGUCCUCCUCUAGUGGCUGUCUAACCAGUCCAGGAUUUAGGGAUUACCUGGGUGUGUGUAAGGUGUUUUUUUUUUGUUUUGUUUUUUUUCUUCCUUUUUCUAAACACCUUAGACACACCCAGGUAAUCUCGAAAUCUUGGACUGAUAGGAUGUCAUUGAGGACUGGGUUGAGAACCCAUGCACUAGAAGGAAUAUUGUUUUAUCAUUGUUCAGCAUUAAAAAACUUUUGGUUGAAGGUACAGGCACUCAUUGAGCGUACUAUGACAUUGUUGCUCCCCCAUAGCCCAGAGAUUUAUUUGCUUCACAUGUUGCCUACAACCUUUCCGAAACAUGCUGUUACAUUAGCUGUGCACAUCUCAUUGGUAUCAAAGUCAUGCAUAGCGUGACUAUCUCCUAAUAGUCCUGAUAUUAGGUUAGUUACAGAGAAAAUAAACCAUACCAAAGCAUGGGGACAAUUGCAAGAAGAAUUACUGGUGGGGCGCUGCAGGGAUAUAAAAUAGGAGAGGAGAGGCGGACGAUCUCCCGAUCUGGAGGUGUCUAGACAUUGCUACCUGCGAACAUACGCUCUGUUACCUCCCCCUUGGACCGGUGGGGUUGAUCCCGAUCCACUCCUGGCGGGGCCACCCGAACUUGGCGAGAAGGAGUGGUGAAGCCUCCAGCAGUUCACACAGGACAAUCACUAAUGCCAUGGAUCCUGUAUCGCACGCAAGCGCCAGGUUUGAAAAACCUGCAACACCUCCUCAUGACACCGGACACUGAAGGGCAUAAGCUGAGUGGAGCUGGGACUCAUGGCUCUCUAAUUUGUUUUCCUCCUCAUGUUUUUAGUCAUAGGGAGACAUAAAUUUUGCUUUGUUAGCCAUUGUGGUAUCGAAUAUAAUUUUGUAUUACUCACCUAUGGACCUACUGGGCUUCACGCUAUUCCAUCGCCCCUCAAUUUAAAUUAUUAGGGAACCCUCCUGGGAGGCUCACACUGUCAGUUAAUCUAUAAUUUACCAUAAUGUCAUAAUACUUUUCCACAAUGCAAUAAUUCAAACUCAAGCAUGUCGUACUACAAUGUUUCUCACCUUAUCUUAUCAUUCAGGUCUAGCUACCUUAACCUUGGCUAACGUCUUUCAACAAUGUUUAGAUAUGAAAAUAAAUCCUUUAUAUGUCAGUUUUAUGUAAAAUUGUACAUGGUUCUCAAAUGCCUUAUACCUGUUUUUCUCUGAAAUAGGUUUUGCUUGCAUAUACUGUUGGGGCAUUCCAAGCUUUGUGUUGUCUUUUCUGCACUACAAAAAUAAAGAAUUAUAUAUAAAAAAAAAAUAAAAAAAAGGUAUCUUUGUCCAGGUUUGUUAUUUUUAUUGGAUUCCUAUAUCAUAUGGUAGAUGCCUCCCCUGGUUUAAAAUUAGGUUAUAAGAACCUCCGUUUUCCUGUUUGCCCUGCUCUAGCUGUGCUUGCGGCUUCAGGCUGGAGGAGAUGAAGAUUGCUGUAACCAUGGCUCUCUUGAGAUUGUCUAUGGGACCAUUGUGAAUGACUUGCUGCUACACAUUUAGGCUUUACCCUACGAUGCUUUAUUUUUGGUCGCAUGUUCCAGUCCUGGGUUUUUGGAUCUGUGAUUUUCCUCUUCUGGUAAUAGCUUGAUAUUGAUUUAAAGUAUCAGUGUAUGUAUGUAUGGAACAGUACUAGAGAUAGUUCAUCAAAAGAUGAAAUACUGAGAAACGUAGCAUCUUUUAAAUCCCAGGAAACCCAAACAUUGUGCAGUUUACAUUAGAGCCACUAGAGUGCAGUGUUACAAUAUCAUUCUUUAACCAUAUUUAUACUGUGUUACAGUUGUACUUUUUUUCUGUAUCAACCAUUUUAAAAUUGUUCCAUGUGGAACACACCUUUAAAAAAAAAAAAAAAAAAAGGAAAGAGUUUUGGGUCUACAUAGUGGGUGUGAUGAGACCAAAUGUGAAGUUUUUUAAAGUCUUAAAGGGAUACUCUUGGCACCAUAACAACUUAACCUCAAUGAAGGCACCAUGUUUCUUUAAUUUAAACAUUCUUGAACAGUUUAGCAUUCAAGAUGUUUCCCUAGGCGCCGAUUGGCAGCUCACCUCUAAUGGGCUAAUGGGUAAACAAUAGCUUGGGGGCAGCAGUGAUUGGCUGAGAUCAUUAGGUGACACAUUCAGUCUAUCACUGGCCACUAGUGAUGUCCCGAACAGUUCGCCAGCGAAUAGUUCCUGGCGAACAUCGCUUGUUUGCAUUCGCCACAGAUGGCGAACAUAUGCGCUGUUCGGUCCGCCCCCUAUUCGUCAUCAUUGAGUAAACGUUGACCCUGUACCUCACAGUCAACAGACACAUUCCAGCCAAUCAGCAGCAGACCCUCCUUCCCAGACCCUCCCAGACCCUCCCACCUCCUGGACAGCAUCCAUUUUACAUUCAUUGUGAAGCUGCAUUCUUAGUGAGAGGAGGGACAGUGUAGAUGCUGCUGAUUUGAUAGGGAAAUUUAUAGCUAGGCUAAUGUAUUCAGUGUCCACUACAGUCCUGAAGGACUCAUCUGAUCUCUCUGACCUCACUACCCCCCACACCCUCAGCCUCACUACCCCCCACACCAACCCCAGCCUCACUGCACCCCACACCACCCUCAGCCUCACCACCCCCAGCCUCAUUACCCCCCACACCACCCUCAGCCUCACUACCCCCCACACCACACCCAGCCUCACUACCCCACACCACCCUCAGCCUCACUACCACCCACACCACCCUCAGCAUCACCCCCACACCCUCAGCCUCACUGCCCCCACACCCUCAGCCUCACUACCCCCCACACCCUCAGCCUCACUACCCCCCACACCCUCAGCCUCACUACCCCCCACCACCCUCAGCCUCAUCCCCCCACCACCCUCAGCCUCACUCACUCACCCCCCACCACCCUCAGCCUCACUACCCCCCACCACCCUCAGCAUCACUACCCCCCCACCACACUCAGCAUCACCACCCCCAACCACCCUCAGCCUCACUACCCCCAACCACCCUCCACCUCACUACCCCCACACCACCCUCAGCAUCACCAUCCCCCACACCACCCUCUGCACCACCACCUCCAGCCUCACUACCCCCCACACCACCCUCAGCAUCACCACCCUCAGUAUCACCACCCCCAACCACCCUCAGCUUCCCCCCACCACCCUCAGCAUCACCAGCCCCCACCACCCUCAGCCUCCACCCCACCACCCUCAGUGGUAACCCGUGGCAAUGCUCUGAUUGCCCAAUUCUCGCGAGACACAUGGUCUGCAGCUAUGCUCACUGCGGAGCUGAAGACCUGUGUCUGCGAUGGUGGCUGGGCAGCCAGGAGGGGCCUCGCACCCGGCGGCAUACCGGGCAAGCCGCGGACCCCCCUCCUGGUGUCAGGUCCUCGGUCAUUGACUAAUUAGAGAGCCGCCUCUGUUUGCAGUUGUUUGCGGUGCGUUAAACGGGGAGUUUGGUCUGUCACUGUAAAGCAGGCUUAACCCUUAUACUACCUGAUCGAUACAAAAUCAUACCUGAUGUAAAGCACGUUAUUCCAAACAAUUUAGGAAUGUUAGGUGAUUUAUGCCCUUUAUGGAUUAAAACCAGACUCUGCAUCAACUAUGUAAUUUUCCAUGGGAGUUUUGCCAUGGAUCCCCCUCCAGCAUGCCACAGUCCAGGUGUUAGUCCCCUUGAAACAACUUUUCCAUCACUAUUGUGGCCAGAAAGAGUCCCUGUGGGUUUUAAAAUUCGACUGCCUAUUGAAGUCUAUGGCGGUUCAUUCGGUUUGCCCGUUCUCGAACAUUUGCGGAAGUUCGUGUUCGCCGUUCGCGAACUGAAAAUUUUGUGUUCGCGACAUCACUACAAGCCACCCACUCGUGAGUAAAUGUAUGUACGUUUCUAUCCUUAUGAUGGGUGGCAAGUGAUAGGUUAAAAGUAGCAGCUUCUGGUUCUGUGUCCGUUGUAGCGUAGGCAAGUAGUGCCGACCGCACUUAAAUCAAAGUGUUCUAAAUUAAUAUAACUUCUUACAAUGCUGGGGGUUCAGGGGCACCAGGGCACUCCGAAUAUCAUUGCUGGGGGACUCCAGGCACCAUCACAACUUAAUUGAGAUGUUUCUGUGGCAGCCACUACAGUAUUGUUCUCUGACAAAUGUAACCAUUGCCAAUACUCAGCAGUUUUUGUAAGUUUAUCAGACUAUUACACAGUGCAGUGAUAGGGUGUUUGCACCAAUACCACCAUAUUCAGAUCUAGUUUUUUUAGUAUUUAGAGUGCUCCUUUAAUGUAAGGGGGGAAAAAAAGUAGAGUUGUCUAUACAAUGUUUUUUGCAUUUAGUUGACAUAUUUGAAAAAGGUCUGUCUACAUUUUGGAAAACCAGGGGAUUCUUGACUCUAAUGGCUAAUAUGGAAAUCUGCCCAUUUUCAGUCAGAAAGAUUUAUUUUCUCUUCCUGGAGCGUAGCUUGAAGUUUUUUUUAUUAAUCAACAGCAGCAACAGGAAUGUGUACAAGGUUAAAUGUGUGUUUUGAGUCUUUUUUAGCCUAUGGUACUAUUUAUUUAUAGCAAGCACAAAAUUACUUUGGCUUGUUAUUGCAUCUGGCCAAGCAACACACCUUUAAAACGUAUUAUGUAUAUAAUAAUUUGAUUCAAAGCAGGAUUUACAAUACAUUGACCCAUAAACAUCUGACUAGUUAUGCAAAUAAUAGAUAUCUGCACAAGAAGGCCUGCUGCUUAAAGAGUUACUCCAAGCCAUCACUUCAGUGAUGUGAAGUGGUCAUGGUGCUUGCAGUCUAUGUGUGCAACAUUUUUGUCUUCCUGGUUGUAUUGGCAAUGCCAGUAGUUUAAGCCACAAAACAGAGCAAGGAAGGCUGCAGGGUGGCUUACUGGGACCCAUGGAGGACCCAGAGUGAGUGUAUUCAUGUGUGUCGUGUGAAUGUGUGUCUGUGUUUAUGGAUAUCCUAUAGACUGUUCAACCUAUCGUUCCUGUAAGUUUUCUUGUAAUUGUCCUAUGGAUUGUUAAAUCCCCCCUCAUAAUAUUGUAAAGCGCUACGGAAUCUGUUGGCGCUAUAAAAAUUGCAAUAAUAAUAAUAAUGCGUGUCAAUCUGGAUGUAUCAGUAUGUAUGUGUCUGUGUGCCAGUGUACGUGUGUUUCUGUGUGUGUCUGCAUGCAAACACUAACAUCUCACACAAACACACCGCUGCAUGUCAACACCAACAUUAAACAGAAUCACUCUCCUGCAUUCAAACACACCACUGCAUUUAAACACCAAAACUGUAUACAAAUAUUGCCUUGCAUGCAAAUCCCACCACUGCACAAAAACACACCCUUGCAUUGAAACACCAACGCUAUAAAAACACACUCUUCAUGCGAAUGCUAGCUCUACAAACACAGCUCUGCAUCCAUACAACAAUGCUACACACAAAUACAGUGGGACCUCGGUUUACGAAUUCAAUGCGUUUUCCGGGACGCUUCUUAUUGCGAAUAAUUUGUACACCGUAGGAAUGCAUUGAAAACCAAUUAAUCCGUUCUGGAGGUCAAUAAAAAGUCAAAUUGAGCUGGCAUGGAAACCAACCCACAAUGCAGAACACUCAAUAAAAGGCAUGCAAACGACGAAGCUCAGCUCACUACCUUUCCACAGCUUGAAAAACGCACCAAAAAGUCCCAAAACAACUGCAAACAAUUUCCAGAAUGGCUCCAAAACUCGAUGCAAAAGGGGCUCCAACACCUUCACACUCAACGCCACGUGCUACCCACAGGCUCCAGCAUGCAGGGGGUGGUGCUAUAAACCUCCCAGGUGCAAUGCAUCCUGGGGAAACUUGCUUUGUAUUGAGAAAAAAAAUUGUAAACCAAGGCAUUAUUUUCCAUGGAUUUUCAUUUGUAAACCAAAAAUUAUGUUAACCGAGACAUUUGUAAACCGAGGUCCCACUGUAUAACCGUGUAUUCAACCAUCAGCAUUAUACAAAUCCACAAACAUUCUCACAUAUUCCAUACAAAAAAAGACAUUAAUUGAAAGGCAGUGAACAAAAAUACAACCCUUCAAGGGUGGACAUACAGCAGAUAAACAGCUGGCAAAGCAUUGUGAGAGUUGUUUGCAUCAGGGUUCUCUCUUUGUUCUACCACUGAGCAUGCAUGGUAUGCCAGGUAUCAGACUGCCAGGAGAACUUUGGUGGAUCUAAGGUACAUUUUUCCCUUUUUUUUUUUUCUUGUCCUUUUGGUGAGGACCAAAAACUGUUGUUGUUUUUUUUAAUUAAAUCACUGUUCUUGUUGUGAGUAUUCCAUUAAGUAGCAACUACCCCAUGAUUGUUUUUGUCCACAAUUCUUAGCCUCAUAAGUAAAAAGUUCUAGAAAACGUUUGUCAGCAAUACCAAGCAGAAUUAAGGAAGGAAAGAUGAUUCCUGUGCUCUGGAUUGAAGGGAAUGAGGGACUGGGAUUUAAAACACUGUGUAAGAGAAAAAGAGAAAGGUCAGGAACUGAAAACAUAUAGAGGAAAGAAGGGGAUCCAAGAGAAUGAACCCUCGUCAGGAGGGGAGAGGAGGGCUGGAGUUAAAAAACAUCAGGAUGGAUUAAUGUCAGACGGUAUUUGUUUUAUUAUUUAUUACAUAAUAUUUGAAUGGGAUAAAGAUUCUAUGUGUCAGGAACAGAAGUGUUAUGAGAAGCUAAGAAUAGUUUGUUUGUUUUUUACAAUUUUUACAACCAAUUACAGACUAAGCUAACAUUACAGUACCUACGAUCUUAAUUUUUAUCAUGGCAGGAGGCAAGCAUUUUGCUUUUCUCUCUUUACUGUACUCCAAACAGCAGCUCAGAUCAAACAUAGAAUAUCCAAUUUAAAACCAUAGUAGGUCAUAUAAGAUCAUGCCUACAUUAGCACCUCCUCUUUCUUUAAUGCAUAAAAACAAUUGUAAGGAAAGAUAACAUAAACAGAAGCAGUCAAAAUAACCAAGACAAUGGUAUAAUGGGACUGCCUGGUAGUUCCCGACUUUACAAAAUAAUUGGUUCCGAAGCCUAGUACAUUAAGGGAGAGUUCAUAAAGUGAGAACUAAUUUCCCAUAGACCGCAAUGUAAUAAACAUGGGAUUAAGGAGAGAGGGCAGGUAACUUUUUUCCUUUGGUUUUUACUAUAUGCAUUAGCUGAUGUGUGCUGUGGUCAUUGCUGCCACCCAGGAGUGAUGGGAGUGAGCGCAGGACUUUUCUUUUUGUAUUUGUAUUCACUUUUUGUAUCACACAGCCUUGUUACAAUGCUGCCGCCCAUCCCAUGUGUUCCCUAUUAAGGGUUAAUAAGUAUAUAGGGGUGUAUAUAAAAAAUACCCCUUUCUGUCUCAUUAGAGAUAUCUUUGCCAGAAGCUCAAGGAAGCAAGGUGAAAGGUCUGUGUAGGACCCGUCUAGGGGGGUCUGCCUUGACGUUGGCAGGCGGGCAUUCCCUCCAGUGGCCAUUGGAGUAACUAAAUUACCUCCAUUUGUUUAACUAUACAUAGGGAUUAAGGAGAGAGCGCAGGUAACUUUUUUCUUUGACAGUUUGCACUUGUUGAAUGUAGCACUGCACUUGUUUCUGGUUUGUUUGAGACGCUCCAUGUGUCUCAUUCCCCUUCCCAGUGUCUCAUUACACCCUCCCAGCCCCUCCAGGUGUCUCAUUCCCCCUUCUAGUGUAUCACUACCCCCUCCCAGUGUCUAAUUUCCCUUCCCAGUCCCUCCACAUCGGCUCCAUAAGGUAGGGAGCAAUAAAGAAAAGUAUGUGUGUGUCUGUCAGCAAGUAUGUGUGUGUCUGUCAGUGUGUGUGUCUGUCUGUCAGCAAGUAUGUGUGUGUCUGUAUGUGUGUGUCUGUCAGUGAGUAUGUGUGUCUGUUUGUGAGUAUGUGUGAGUGUGUCUGUAUGUGUGUGUGUCUGUCAGUGAGUGUGUGUAUGUCUGUCUGUGAGUGUGUGUGUGUCUGUCAGUAAGUUUGUAUGUGUGUCUGUGUGUAUCUGUCAGUGUGUCUGUAUGUGUCUGUCUGUCUGUGAGUAUGUGUGUGUGUGUGUCUGUCUGUGAGUAUGUGUGUGUGUGUGUGUCUGUUAGUGAGUAUGUAUGUGUGUGUCAGUCAGUGUGUGUGUCAGUGUGUGUGUCUGUCUGUCAGUGAGUAUGUGUGUGUAUGUGCGGCUUACAUAAACUUAAACCUUGUUUAUGUGGCCCGUGCCACACUUUGAAUUUGACAUGCUUGCACAAGAAUAUCUCUAGCAAUGCCGAUUGAGAAACUUACCUUCCUGAUUCCAGAUUUCAAUGUAAAACUAUGGCAAAGACAUGGUAUUACAUCCUUAUAUCAACUAGUUCACGAAGGCAAACUUGAAGAGUACACACAACUACAAACACAAUAUUGCUUAUCAAACAUCGCCAGAUUUUCAUAUAAAAGAUAAAAUCAUGGUUUUACAAAACCAUACAACCAUGCAAUACAUCGGUACAUAGGUCAACAGCUGAUGGACAAGGAAAAAAUAAGCCUGAAAUUAAACCCCCCCUAAGAAAUUCAUCUCACUCUUAUACUUAGCCGCACAUAACUGCCCAAUUAGCGACUACAACCCGUACAUACAUAAAUGGAAAAAAGAUUUAAAAGUGGAAUUUACCACUUCCAAAAGAGAGCAAUACUCAAGGCUCACAAGCAUCUCACCCUAUGCAGCUCCCACAUGGAGCUCUCCAGAAAAAUACUGUACAGGUGGUAUAUGGUCCCCACCAGACUAAAAUAUCUUGACCCUCUCAGAUCAGACACGUGCUGGUGAUGCUGGGAGCAAACAGGCUCAAUGGUUCAUGUCUGGAUGUCGUGCCCACGUUUAGCCCAGUACUGGGCGGAUAUUGCCAAGAUGAUCUGCGCAAGUACCAGAGUAGGUUUACCAAACACACCAGAAACCUUUCUAUUGCUAGUAUUCCCUGGAAAAAACUCCAAAUAUCAACUAUGUCUAAUAUACCAUAUAAUAAUAGCAGCACUGACCAUAAUUAGCCGACACUGGUUACAAACCACCCCCCUAAACCACUCCCCCAGGAAUGUAUAGAUUAAAUAAAUAUAACAAAACACUAUGAAAUCAUGACAUGAAAGGCACUACCAUCCUCUAAAUUUUGGGUGGAAGCAUGGGAGAGAUGGGACCAAUGCACAGAAUCAAACAAUACCUAACGUUCAAACUGCAAAGCCAACCUCCAUGUCAAUUGAUGCCAAACUUCAGAGGACCGACUCCAACAGCUUUGUUCAUCCCACCCAACACAAAUGUACAAGGUAAUUCUUUGGAAGACAAAGAUGAACUUAGUAUAUGUUACACAAUGUUUUCAAUAGCAACCUGGUACCAACCAACUAACCAGAUAAACAAACCAGGCCCCAGACAAAGGCCUAGUACCCUAGAUCGAAUACUCUUUGCUCCAUAUCCAGAUGAAAUGCAAACUUCAUGUUCGUUCAUGUUUGUACAGAGCUAG